AUGGGUGCUGGCGUGGUCGAACCACUCAUGUAUGGAAACUCGAUAGCAUACGGUGCUGAAUAUGCCAAUCCCUGGCUUGAAUCAGGAUACGGGUUGAAUCUGGCAACCCUCGCAGCUUCUAAUAAAUGUGGCUUUACUGUAACUAGCAGUUCGCCAAUCGCGCCAAACGGUGUGUCAAUCUUGUCAGAGAAUAUGGUGAUUGAAGGACCUUUAGCUGUGAAUGGUCAGUUGCCGUUCUUGGGAACUCUCGGACUAGAGGGUACGCUUCCCGCUGCUGGUGUUGGUGUUGUUUCGUACGGUUGCGGUAAUGGCAACAUUGGCAUUACUAACGAAGCCAUGCCUGGCAACGAAUAUGCUCUGUCAGGACCAUAUGGCAUGGGUCCCGCUCUUCCCAUGGGACCCGCUGUUGGUUUGGGACCUGCUGUUGGCAUGGGACCCGCCGUUGGCAUGGGACCCGCCAUUGGCAUGGGCAUAAAUGGCAUGUACGGCGGUUGUGGUUGUGGUAAUGUUUAUUAG